AUGAAGUUGUUCAGCCCUGCGCGAGCGCUAGCGGCGCUCUCUCUGUUGUCAACAGAUGUCGUGCGACCGCUCACCCAGGCCAUCGUCCUAGAUCCCAAUUCAGAGGCUUCCAUCAAAGAUGUCUCCAGUCAAGUCGCCAAACAGCUCGUUGCGCAGUACGCGACAAUCGACGACAAAGGCGUACAUGUACUUGGAGGGUAUCCUGGUAUCCUCUACCCACCCUACUACUGGUGGCAGGCGGGUGCCAUGUUCGGCACACUGCUCGACUACUGGCACUACACCGGCGACGAUCAGUACAACGAUAUGAUUCGCGAGGGACUGAUACACCAGUUCGGAGAGCACCUCGACCUGAUGCCCUCGAACCAGUCUAAGAACGAAGGAAACGAUGAUCAAGUCUUCUGGGCCUUCUCCAUGAUUGCUGCAGCCGAAUACAAACUCAAGGACCCUCCUGCCGAUCAGCCCGGUUGGCUCGCCAUGACACAGUCUGUCUUCAACCAGUUCGUAGGUCGCUACCAGAAGGAGGUUUCCGAUGGCACUUGCGGCGGUGGCAUGCGCUGGCAGAUCUAUCCGUGGCUCAAUGGGUGGACGUACAAAAAUACUGCUUCCAACGGAGGACUUUUCCAUCUUGGCGCGCGAUUGGCCAUGUACACCAAGAACGAUACCUAUGCCAGAUGGGCGGAGAAGGCAUUCGACUGGAUGGCGCAAAGUCCUAUUCUCCCGGGUGAUGGUCAGGUCUACGAUGGAACGAGUAUCACCACAAAUCCCCCGUGUCACGACGCCGAUCAAACGCCCUGGACCUACAACUACGGUAUUAUGAUAGCCGGAGCCGCAUAUAUGUACAACUACACCAACGGCGCCGAAAAAUGGCGCACCGAACUCACCAAGUUCAUCAACAAGGUGGCCAUCUUCUUUCCCGAAGAUAAAGGCGGCGUCAUGGUAGAAAUCUGCGAAGCAAACCAAGUCUGCGACGCAGACCAAGAAUCCUUCAAAGCCUACCUCGCUCGCUGGCUCGGCAUUACCAUGCAAAUGGCCCCCGAAUUCACCCCGCAGAUCCUGCCCAAACUACAAAAAUCCGCCGUUGCCGCCGCCCAGACGUGUGAGGGGCCCAGUCAACAUAACGGCGGUCCCCAUCAGUGUGGUAUGAAGUGGUGGAAUAACGGUUUCGAUGGGAUUGGCGGCGUAGGACCACAGAUGACGGCACUUAACGUUAUUAGCGUGCUGAAUGCGCAGAGGGUGCCACCGCCGUACAGUAGGGAUACGGGAGGUACUAGUGAGGGAAAUCCAGGACUGGGAAGUGGCAAUGAUGAUGAUCGCUUGCCCAAGUUCCAGAGCGACAUUACGACUGGAGAUAAGGCGGGCGCGGCGAUUCUGACCAUCUUGAUGGUUGUGUUGUUUGUGGGUGGGGCGGCAUGGAUAUUGAUGUAA